GACAAAUUCUGAAAUUAAACGCAACGAAAGUAAUUUCCAAUCGAAAGUUUCACUCAACGACAGUCAAUCACCGGCAAAAACGAAGAUUGUGGAGAAUUCUGUAGAAUCAAAUCAGCUUCCAUAUAUCAAAGACAAUCAUGCAACACCAUCUAAGACAUACGAUUCGGGCAGUGAAGACGAUGAUGAACUGGAUACGAUUGAACAAGAAGGCACAACAACUUCCAAAGCAGGACAUCAGAUUGACAGAGCAAGUGCUGCCAAUAUUCGACGGACAAAGGAAGAAGCCGCAAUCGACAAGGAAGACGAAGACGAUUUUGGUUACACGACAAAUAAAGUGAAAAAGAAGUACGGCAACCUGGGCAACAGCAUCCUAAUGGUGCAACUGGAACGGAGCGCCAGCGGAUUGGGGCUGAGCCUUGCGGGGCACCGCGAUCGCAGUUGCAUGGCCGUUUUCGUUUGCGGCCUGAAUCCGACCGGAGCGGCCUACAAAACCGGCUCUAUACAAAUCGGAGACGAAAUCCUAGAGGUCAACGGUGUCGUACUUCACGGACGGUGUCAUCUAAAUGCUUCGGCGAUCAUUAAAGGUUUAUCAGGACCAGUUUUUAAAGUCAUUAUUUUAAGGCGAAAAGCUGCUAUCGAUGAUAUUGCAGUCAAACCUAUCACUCAGUUUCCAGUUUCACUGGCAGAAGAGAUUUCUGAAGAGCACUUUAGUCAAAACUAUCCCAAUGUCCGUACAGUGGCUAUCAAAAAGCUACCAGGUCAGAGUUUGGGUAUUAUGAUAAUUGAAGGUAAACAUGCGGAAGUUGGACAAGGUAUAUUCAUUUCGGAUAUUCAGGAGGGUAGCUCUGCGGAAAAGGCAGGCCUUGAAAUUGGAGAGAUGAUAUUAGCUGUCAAUAAAGAUUCUCUUGUGGGCUCCAACUAUGAUACGGCUGCAAACCUACUAAAACGAACAGAAGGUCUUGUAUCGCUAAUAGUUUCAAAACCCGUUAAAAAGGACCAGGCAAAUUCGCUUGCAGCUGCCCCAUCGAGCAAUGCAACCGACGCUAAAGGCCUAAAAACACCAACGACACCUUCUAGGCCUACUACACCUGUACCUGAACCUCCGGCGGAUCCUCUAACUUGUCCAAUAAACCAAGGAAGAGAGACUGUGAUCGAAAUAGCUACCAAUAAUGAAGGUUUAGGUGUCUCGUUUAUUGGUGGAAAAGAUACUGUUAUAAAAGACACUAUAAUCCUGACAGAUGUAUAUUCAGGAGGAGCUGCUGAUAAAGAUAAAAGGUUGCAGGCAGGAGAUCAAAUUCUCGAAGUCAAUGGAAUUUCACUUAGGGAUAGUACAAGCACAGCUGCGACUCAAGCAUUAAGACAAACACUGCCAAAGAUGAAAAUUACUGUAUUUAGACCAACAAAUCUGGAAUAUACCACAAUUGAAACUGACUUAAUCAAGAAACCUGGAAAAGGUCUUGGAUUGAGUAUCAUAGGAAGAAAAUCUGGAAAAGGAGUUUAUGUAGCUGAUAUUAUUGCUGCAAGUGCUGUGGAAGUAGAUGGAAAAAUUAGCAAAGGUGAUAUACUAAUUUCUGUCAAUGGACAAAAUGUAGCUGAAUCAACUAGUGACAUAGCAGGGGCCAUACUAAAGACUGCGUUGGGUAAAGUUUCCCUGAAACUGCAUAGAUAUAAACCUAGUACAAGUAACCAAUAACCUUAAAUGAAAAAAAUAAGUAGAUAAGUUUCCAAAAUGUUUUCAUUAACUAGAAUUAUUAUGCUACUUAUGACUGAUUAUACUUAUUAUUGAAAGAAUAUCUUUCUUAAACGUUUCAGUUGUGGAAAGAAUAUUAUGAUUGCUUUUUCUUUUUAGAAUUAAAUCUAAUUAUACAUAAUUGUUAGUAAUAAAAGAAAAAAUGUUUGGUCAAUAAUGUUGAUGGUCUUUUUCUCUGUGCAAAAGAAACAGAAAUUAAUUUCAAAGUUUGAAUUUCUGGUUCCUUGUUGCAGCAAAAUGUGGUUCAUUUUAUGUGAUUGUAUUGAAUUUUUUGUGUGUAUUUACUCAAAACAAAAUAUUGAAGCCUCAGUUUGCAGUGAGUAGGAAUUUUUUGAUCUUAUUUCAAAACUGUAUUUUCUUCAAAUAUCUGGAAAAAAUGUUCUUGAAAAGUUCAAAACUAAAUAAAUACUUCUUCUCUAAAUCACAUUUUUUGAACCUCAAAACUACACUUUGUAAAAUUAUUAGAUUUUUAAAGCAAGUGUGAUAUUCAUUGUCCUUUGUAUAUAAACGUAGAGUCCUGUAUUUACUAUAUAAAUAUAUAAAAAUAGCUUCGAAGGGCUAUAUAGAAUCAAAUGUUUGAAUUUCAAUAAUUUUUAACUGGAACAAGAAUAACAAAAAACGAUUUCGGUUUUGCGGUUUAAGUAUCAGAUAUUUCUGGAAUAUCUUUUUUCUGAGGCUGGAUUUGUACUAUAGAAAGCUUCAAAGGUUCUUGAUUGAUUAUUCGAGUGCGGCAUUAAUUGAAAUGUGUUUUCUUCAGAUUUUUUUCUAAUGGUAGGAAAUCGGUCUGAGCUAAAGCAGAAUUCUUAGGAUAAAUAUAUAUUCCAGUAUUCUCGUGAUGUCUUUUUUUGAGAUAAAAAGAAUGUGGUAAAUUUGUAGGCCGAAGGAAAGUCUCACUAGUGUUAAUUCCUCAUCAUUUCAAUUUCAAAUUUCUUAUGUAAAUCUUCAAAAGUAUUCCACAUUCUCAAGUUUUUUAUUGUAUUAGAGACACCAAAAAAAACUCAAAUUACAAAUCAAAAAUUACACUUUCAAUUACUAAUUUCUAAUGAAAUAUAAUACAUGUCACCAAAAACAACUACUAAUCAUUCUUGUUUUAAAUGUUGUAAAUAAAAUUUAAAUUAUUGUAAAAUUACUUUAAACCGAAAUUGUUUGUGCAAUUUGUUAGUUUUAGGAAAUAUUCGUAAUGUUUGUAACAUGUUUGCUUUAUAAACUCAAUAAUCGAUCUAUUUCUGGUUUACCAAUAAAGCCUCCUUUAUUUUUGUAGUAUGUUAAUAAUAAUUUCAAUGUUCAAAUACUUAUAUUAAAAGCAAGAAUUUUCUCACAUAAUUAGGUAAAUAUAAAACAAUUUACUAUAUUUAGGUAUUUUAAUGAAUUAAGUAGGUCUACAAUUUUAACUAAUUACCUUUUUUUUUGUACUAUAGCCUAAUGUAGGUAUAUUAGAAAUACUAUAUAAUUUGCCAGAAAAAAAAUUAUAUCAUUUCUAUCUUUAUAAUAAUUAAGGUUCAACGCUGUAGAAAAUUGUAUAAGCGAGAGAAAAAUGUAUAAAUUUUUAUGAUAUUAGCAAUAAAAUCAUCUCAUGUUGUUAGUUAAGUUUAAAAUUUGUUGU